AUCUUCCAAAGGAAUCUGUUUGCCGCCGCAUGUAAGUUCGGUCCUCUGUUUUUGACCAACUUUAUAAUAAAGUUGAGAACAUCGGAAGAGCACCAAGUCAACGCCAUCAAGGAUAAACUGGACAAAGAUCCAGGAAGCGUCGAGCUUUGCUUGCAAUAUGGUCAAUUACUAUCAGAGUCAAACCAAUAUGAUCGUUUGACGUCACACUGCAUGGAAUGUAUCAACGAAGGUCGACAUAUAGAUUCUCCUGAAUGGUUUCAGUUCUAUGCCCGAAUGGUCAAAAACCAUUCUGGCGCGCUGUCAGAAAACGCGCUUUGCUUUGACGUCAUUGCCGAUAUGUUCCUUUUGCGCAUCAACAUAUGCACUUCUCCCGAAGAUUUUUACAAUCUGCUUGAGAGUCUUCAUGGUAAAAUCCACCGAUUGCCUGCGGAUAAGUUCGUUCGAUUUCACAAGGAGUCUGAAUCGUGGCUGUCAUUUUAUUCUGCCGUCUACAUUCAACGGUUUUUCAGUGUUGAAAGCAAAGUGGUUUUGGAUGUUUUGUGUGAGAACUAUCGACGUUCUGUGGAACUUCACAAAUCGAUACAAUCCGCAAUUCGGGAGCCUUUCUCUCAUCUUGUGUGGAGUUUCAUAGAUGUCCAUCAAGCCGAAAAUACAGUACAAGCUUGGUGUCUAAUGAACACCCUGCGCCAAGAUGGGGAAAAUGAAAAACUACGCAAAUCAAGCUGGAGUGACCUAAUGGACAUGCUACCCUCAAAAUUCAAGUCAGCGUCCAAAGAAGGAAAAGAUUGUAUCCAAAUGAAUCCUUCACUGGUCGUUUCCAUGAACUGUGCCGACUUCUGGUUGGAUUGCCGAGACGCCUUGCUCGAGAGUCAAAACAAUUUAAAGCUGGUGCUCUGGGUUUGCUGUCAUCUGACUGCAUUGGAUUCAGGCGAGGAUGAUGUUGCUCUAUCAAAUCAACGCCUGGAUUUCAUCUUUAAAUCCCAACAGUCUGAUCACUCUGUCAUGGCUACAACGUCGGAUUGUCUUGGGAAGCCUAUUUCAUUGCUUUCAUCGUGCGCCAUCCCAACUGUAUCCCAGCAACAGUGGUGGGAGAUCGCCAAUGAUCUUGUUAACAGAAACGCUAUUCAGUUGGCUAACUCAUCAAAAUCAGCACGUCAGUCUACUUUUCUACAGUGUGGGCUUAACCAGUUACGCCUGUUUGCCCGACCUGCUCGUUGUUUUGGUAAUCAAACUCACGUCCUGCCUCCAGCGCUUUCCUUCCGUGUUGCUGAUGCUCUCACGCGGCUGGCAGAAGGCUUCAUCUCGAGCGACAUUAGACUUCCCGUUUUGGAGUGGGCGGGUGGUUUCUGGCGGUAUGCCUUGCACCAAUGUACAUUCGGUCCACCACCUCCGAACGCCACACUCGUCGCCCAAAAUCGCCAGUUACCGGCAUGUUCCGGCUCUAGUUCUCUUUUUACGGAGAACCGCGUGUCCAGCCCCUGUUCUCCACUUCGUUCAGUCAGCCUAACACCUGGACCUCCAACAGUCAAUCAUUCCCUUUUUUCUCUUCCUGGAGCAAACAACUGGUGGCUCGGAUUAACGCGGUCAUCUCAUCAACCGGUCUCACAUGUGAUAUCUCAUUGGUGCAAUCUGGGCUUACAUUUCUGCGCAAAUCGACUAACUCGUGUGUUCGAAACCAACGGAAAUCAGCUCACAUCAGAUGAGAAAUGUGAAUUGCGUUCGUUGUUGCGUAUUCUGGAGCAAUCCAAGGUCAAUGUGGAUCGCGGUGUUUACCUAACGGUUGGUCAGCUUCUACUUCGUCAUGCACGGGGCUCGGAAAGUACCACCAAAAAUCUUCCAUCCGAUCCGUUGGAUGACGCAUUGCUUUUGUCUGGUGAUCGCGACCCGUUGGCGGAUUUGGGGCGUGCGAAGAGGUAUCUUGACCUGGCUACGAUAGCUCCCAUAAGUUGUGAGGACAGUGAAGUGCACCAGAUAAGACACAAGAGCAAAUCUCCAACAAGUCCGAUGUGCAGUUCAACUAAGAAAAGUGAUCAAAUUGAGCAAGCAACGCCAGAAUCAUAUGAAGGUCCUCAGAAGGGUGCCCGAUCCACUCCAAAGAAUCCUCUCGGCCUAUGCGCACAUACUGACGAGAGACAGGAAUUCCUCAUGGCCAGUUUUAUGAACAAUUGGCAAUCUUUGAUCAACAGUCUCUGUUGUCAGUUGACUGAAGCAAAAGUCGAAAUGUCUCGAAGUCGUCAAUUGAACGAGCAGCUGUCCACACAGUUGCAGGAGACCAGCAAGCAGCUAUCUGAAACCAUGAACAAAUUUGUUGAGUUUAAGGCCCAAAUGAACGUAAUGACCAAGGUCAACAACAGUGGCGAUGUAGCCUCCAUGACUUCCAUUCACGAUGCAAUAGCUACUCCUAUUCGUGAGCUCUCACAUGCGAUCGCUGAAUUGCGUCGCUGGCUUCCCGAGGGCAUGGCUGCGGCUGCAACUGCUGCCGUGAACGCACACAUGGCCGUUUCCAACCAACCAAUACUGCCGCCGGCAGCCGCAGCAAUGGCACGAACGGGACCCUUACUAAAUAAUGCAGAUGCUGCUGCUCUGAUGCAUCUUUACGGUUCCAAUCUUCCAUUACCGCCGACCUACUUGAAUUCAAUAAAUCCGAUUCCAUUACAACAGUUGCCCGGACAUUGGCGCAUGUCUGCAACAGCCGCUGCUCCUGCCACUUUGCAGCCAAAAACUAUACCCCCGGGUGAGGUCAGACCUGUACAGAAACCUGGAUUUCCGAGUUCAUCCGUUCCAUGGGCAGAUGUUCCUCAGUCAGGAAUUCGAUUUGGCGAUCCGAACACGAUUCGUCUGGACUAUCCGUUGCCGUCCGGCCCAGGUAAAUCCGGUGACCCGAAUUUCCCCACAGCCAAUUAUGGUGAGUUUCUAUAA